AUGGAGGUCACUGCUCGGUGUGCCGCGGUGCUCUUCCUCCUGCUUCUGUCGCAGGCUCUGAUAACUGUUCACUCUCAGGAGGAGGAGGGGGAGGACGUCCAGGAGGAGGAGCUGCAGGAAGAGGACCAGCAGGUCAUUGAGACGUGGACCCGGAGUGUGAAAGCCUGCACCUGUGACUGUGAGUCCCCGGAUUCCUCGACAAAUGUCCCUCCUGUGUUGCAAACCUCAAUGUCACCACCUGCGCAGCAGGGAUUCCCGAUGGACUGUAUGCCAGAAUGCCCAUACCACAGAGCUCUCGGCUUUGAAUCUGGAUCUGUGACAUCGGACCAGAUCGCCUGCUCCAACCAGGACCAGCACACAGGCUGGUACUCAUCCUGGACUCCGAACAAAGCUCGCCUCAACAACCAGGGCUUCGGGUGUGCGUGGCUGUCCAAGUAUAAUGACCAGUACCAGUGGAUCCAGAUUGACCUGAAGGAAGUGGCCGUGGUGUCUGGGAUUCUGACUCAGGGUCGCUGUGAUGCUGAUGAGUGGAUCACAAAAUACAGCGUCCAGUAUCGCUCUGUGGAAACGCUCAACUGGGUCUACUACAAAGACCAGACAGGAAACAACCGGGUCUUUUACGGGAACUCUGACCGCUCCUCCACGGUCCAGAACCUCCUGCGCCCGCCCAUCGUGGCUCGAUACAUCCGCCUGCUGCCGCUGGGCUGGCACACUCGCAUCGCCAUCAGGAUGGAGUUGCUGAUGUGCAUGAAUAGGUGCAUGUGAAGAAAAAACAGCCUCAUGAUCCAUCUUCCUUUAUCAGGACACUGAUGCAGCACUGAAAGAUCAGUUAUGACACUUUUAUGUUCAAAUCAUGUUAACCAAGGUGGAAAAAACUCAAGCUGUCUGAUGGAGCAUCGAUCUGUCUUCAUUUUAAUCUGUAAAUGUGAAAUUGCUCACAUUGCAUUCAGGGUUUUUCCACCUUAAAAAGCAGAGUAAGAGAGAGAAAUGA